AUGCCCAAUUGGUUGUUAGGUCGGCACGACGCGAACCUGCCGUGCGUGGCCCGGCCAGCGGCCGCGUCGAGGGGCGGGAACCAGGUGCGCAAGUCUUUUCCCCUCGAGCACAAGGCCAAAGGUGACACAGCAACCUCGCGAGUCGAAAUUUCGCAGGGGAAGCCGGGAACACCGUACAAGGACAAGUUCAUUCAUUGCUUGGACGCGAACUGCAGGUACAUCGAGAAGACGCCCAAGAUCUGCGGGGACUUCGGCUUGUGUACGAUAUCCUGCAGCAUGAACUGCUGCUGCCUGUUCCAGGUGACCUACAAGUUCAUAUUGAGGGUCUCGAAGGGGCUCAGGGACGCGCUCGUGAGGGCGAUGGUGAUGCUCAUGGCGAUGCAGCAGGGCAUGGCGAACAGCCGGGAGGGGCUGCCAGAGCCGAAGAACAAGGAGAAGCUGGACCCUGGCGAGGCAAUCAAGUACACCACUGACGUCGUGAUGGAUAUCAUGAAGCUCUGGACUGGCGUCCCAGCGGCGUUCCUGGUGCUCGCCCUCGUCCACGAACGGGUGAAGGGGAUGAUCCUGCUUUUUUGGAAGGUCAAGAUCAAGAAAGAGGGGGACAUCCGCACCGACGACUUGACCCCAGCGCAGAGGGCCAAGUACGAGGCGGACCAGUCGGCCAAGGAGCAGGCAAUGCUGAAGGAGCUGGUGUCGGAGGCCGAGCAGGACCGCCUCGGAGGAAUCGAGGACCACGUCAUCACCAAG